AUGUGUCUUAUUAAAUAUGCAUAUAUUUCUAGGAAAAACGAACAUUAUAAUCUUACGAUCAAUUUUGAUAAUAAUACAGAACCAUUGAAGACACCACCAUUACCAGAUCUAUAUAAUACCACAAAUAAUAAUAAUAAUAAUAAUAAUUUGAUUUUUGAUUUUGAGGUUGAGUUAGGUUUGUCAAGUGUUCCUACAAACACAUUUACCGAGACACAACCAAUAAUAACACCUUUAGAAAAUCAGAUACUAUCAGUCACAACGAUAAAUAAUUUCUCUUCUCAACCAUCGUCAAGUCUUGAAGAUGUAUGGAUAGGGUAUUCCGAACAAGAAACUUUCCAAGAUGAUCAGCACCUGUCCAUAACAGAAAUUAUACAUAAUGAGACUAAUGAAUCGACACCAGAUCUUGAGGAAUUCUGGAGACGUGGUGUGGAACAUGGCAAUAACACAGAUUCUAUUGCUGAAGAAUCUACUGAUGAACAAACAUCUUUCAUCACUGAUUUAUCUACAGUGGCAAAUGAUCAUUCUGUAGAAUCUGAGAAUCAACAAGAACAUAAUACAUCAUUAAUUAAUAAUUUAUUUUUACCAGUACAAUCAUCAUCUAAUGAAAUAUCACAAAAUACUUUGACAAAUACAGAAACACAUCCAUCAAGUGAUGUAACUCCUUAUGGGUAUUUACUUCAUCCUAUUGCGUCAAAAACUCGUGUACGAUAUGAACGUGAAUUGAUUAAUAAUAAAAUGUCAGGUAACAUGGCUUAUAUAAAAGAUUAUUUUGGAGAAUGUUCAAUAUCCAUUGGAGUAAGUACAUAUAGAAAUAAUCAUGAAAUUUUAACUGUUUAA